CGUUUCCGCCUUAUACAUCGUUUGUGCAUUGAUCAUUAAGGUUUUGUGUGAGCUAGAAAUCAGUAAAAUACUCGGGCAUUAAAUACGAGGGUAAUAAAAAACACUCAGCUACAGCGAAAAAUCUAUUUUAGAAAUCCCAAAGCUAAGAAAAUAAAUAAUGGUUGGUUCACGUGUAUAUGUUGGCGGUUUGCCAUACGGCGUUAGAGAACGUGAUUUGGAGCGUUUUUUUAAAGGAUACGGUCGCACGCGGGAUAUUUUAAUUAAAAAUGGCUACGGAUUUGUGGAAUUUGAAGACUAUCGUGAUGCCGAUGAUGCAGUUUAUGAAUUAAACGGGAAAGAGUUACUGGGCGAAAGGGUUGUUGUAGAACCAGCUAGAGGAACCGCUAGAGGCAGUAAUCGAGACCGCUAUGAUGAUCGUUAUGGUGGACGACGCGGUGGUGGUGGUCGUUAUAACGACAAAAACAAAAAUUCAAGAUCUUCGUCUCGUUAUGGCCCGCCUCUCCGCACAGAAUAUCGACUUAUUGUGGAGAAUUUGUCUAGUCGUGUCAGCUGGCAGGGCACGUCAUCACCUAUAUUCGCUGAGGGAGAAACCUCUCUGCGUGCCAGAGUAAGACAGUGAAAAACAAACAGUAGGUGCGCAAGCGAUGACGCCGACGACUAAACAUUUGAACUGUGUAUGAGGCAAGGGUAUAAUUUCUACUUCAUUCCCCCUGGAUUUUGUACAUGUGUAUGUAUAUGUGAAAGUUAAGCGAGGCAGACAGAGACCUUUUUUGUAAUAAAUCAAUUUGCCAAUAGAAGAGAGAGACAGAGAAAGAUAUAUAGAGAUCAGAUUAUUAAAUUCAAAUAAAUCCGUAUAAAAAAAAAUAUGAAGAACUGGUAAACCCACCACUUCGACUUGCUCACAAGAAGAGGUUAUUUUUUAACCGCGUUAAAAAUAAAUCUGGGAGAAAAAGCAAAGCCUACUAAGCUAAAUACAUAAUGGGAACUAUGAAAUAAAAUUGAUGUCGUUUUGUAAUCAAUAAUCAUCAGCCUGCCUUAACUGCACAUGUAAAAGCUGUCACAAAGAAAUUGUCGGCCAAUCUAGAGCACGGGUUUCCCAUUUCUAAGAUGUGUGUUGGUUUUGAUUAUUGCAAACAACAAACUCUAUACUCAACGCAGAAGCCAGAGACCGAAGUCACUUGCUUGUAGAAAAGACAACUUCAGCAGUAAUACUUUUUUAUGAACGCAUCUGUAGGUUCGCAGGUGCUGUGAAAAAAAUUACCCCGUUGUGAAUUUCUAACGGUAUAAUUAUGUUGAAAUGCUGAAGUUGUUUUUUUUAUACGUCAGUGUUGAGUCGUUAAUCAUCGUUAACCUAGGUACUUAAAAUAACACAAAUACAAAUUACAAUGAGCUUUAAUUAAUCAAUAUCAAUAAAUGAAUUUAAUUUUAGAAAUAUUAAAAUUUGUUUUUCGCGCAAGUGCCGAGAUCUAAAUGCGUACUUCAAUCUUAUUUGUUCACUGAUUUGGAUCAGAACUGACAACCUCUGCGAUGAUCGAUGAUCUAUGCAUACUGCCAAAGCAAGGGAGAUGUGGUAUAUGUGCAAAAGUCAGACAAUCGGGUCAUUGAACUCCGUUUAAUUUGGCUAAUAUCAAGAACUCUCUCCCCCGUAAUCUAACGGUCUUAACGGGUCCAUAUUUUCGUUAAUUCUGAGGCAGUGAAAUGAAUGCCAGUGCAUUUUCGAAAUUCCACGCUCAUCAUGAUAAAUGGGUCAAUGGUCAUCAAGUCCGUAUUGAAAAAAAAGUCUGGUGCAUUCAAGACGAGCCUUGGCGUUUAAUAUUCUGCUCAAUGACACGGCCAACAUUCAUCAUUCGUCUACGAGAUGAUUUACGCGUGUCAGUCGUUAAGGAGCUUUUAUCACAAGCCUAUCUUUUACUGUAUCCUCAAUUCCUAUUGAGGCGUAGUGCAAUUUCUUUUUAUUUUCCAGUAAGCUCCGGUACGGUGUCCUGAGCGAGCUGUGAUUGAUCUAAACCGAAAGUUGGAUCUCCUAAAAUACACUGUACAACACCACCCAGCCAAUCGCAAUGAUUAUCUAACAUAGGUUUCUCAAGCAUUCAGUUUUACUGGCACUAGAACACUUCAUAAGGCAGUGAAAGGCAAUGGCGCCAACAAUCGACGUCUUACUCUCCUCCCCCUAAAAAUCGAUCACUUUCUUUUAAAGCUUUCUUGAACGAUUGAACUGGCGUAACAUUGAACUCGGGCAACGCUAAAAAUAGGCAAUCGAAGCUAUUGGUUACUUUAUUCCCCUCCUCAUUAAACUAAACAAAACAAAAUCGUUUGGAAUAAAGCGACUCGGUGUUUGCACUUCUCUCUCAAUUAAGGGAACUGAAGACGACAAAUUGAUUGAUGAUGAUAAUAAGAUGACGAGCUUGAAUCUGACUUUCUCACUUUAAAUAAGGCUAAAACGAAAAUUGCGAAAAAAAAAAUAAAUACAUGAAGAUGCACUUUAAACU